UGGAGAAAGUUAGUGUUCAGUGCCCACUGUACUGUCAGGCAUCCCCGCAAAAGGAGGAGGAGGGUCUGUCAAACUCAAAUAAGCAAGCGAAGGGAGAGAAAAAAAAUUCCCCCAGUGAGUGUUUUUCCAGCGAGCAGAACCAGAGCUCAUCUGAAAUGUAUUAAAAACCUUGGAGAAAGAAGGAUCCUCUGUAAUCUGGCUGCGCUGACGCUCCACAGAGGGCUCCUAUUUGCUGCUGGAGGUACACCCAUACAUGUAGCGGCGGCUCCUCCAGGACCAGCUCCUCUGUUUGAGUCUAAAUAUUUUCCAGGCUCCUGAGGGCGAGAUCGGAGAGCGAGAGAUCAAGGUGCUUUUGGGAAGAAUCCACGGCGACUUGGGGCUAAAGGUUGUCGACGUUGGGACCACUUUUUAAGCAGCUUCAAACAAAGCUUCAGCCCUAUCACUCCGUGUGCUGUGUACAGAAGCCCCCCUCAAGGACAAAGUGAGCAGCCUUCACAUAAAUACAGGAAGCACCUGAAGGUUUCCCCUGGUUGAGAUACAGGAACUACAGGUCCAAACAACAAGCGUUCCCGACGGUGAUUUCUGUAGCAAAAUUGUCCCGUUAGUUAUUAGAAAUGUCACGCUGGGGGCGUAAAAACGUAAAGAAGGCGCCGGAGGUGAUCCGCACUGUGACAGAAGGGCUGAAGUCUUUGUACCGUAAGAAGCUGCUGCCCCUGGAGCAGUACUACGGCUUCCAUGACUUCCACUCCCCGAGUCUGGAGGAUGCCGACUUUGACAACAAGCCCAUGGUUCUGGUGGUGGGACAGUACUCCACUGGAAAGACCACAUUCAUCAAGUAUCUACUGGAGCAGGAUAUUCCCGGGAGCAGGGUGGGCCCCGAACCCACCACUGACUGCUUCACUGCCAUCAUGCACGGAGACGUGGAGGGCGUUAUUCCCGGGAACGCCCUCAUCGUGGACCCCAACAAGCCGUUCCGUAAACUCAACCCGUUCGGAAACACCUUCCUCAACAGAUUUCAGUGUGCCCAGAUGCCCAACCAGGUCCUGGAGAGCAUCAGCAUCAUUGACACACCGGGGAUCCUGUCCGGCGCCAAGCAGAGAGUAAGCCGAGGUGAGCGGGGCGACAAAGGCUACGACUUCCCGGCUGUGCUGCGCUGGUUCGCGGAGCGCGUCGACCGCAUCAUCCUGCUGUUCGACGCCCACAAGCUGGAGAUCUCCGACGAGUUCUCCGAGGCCAUCGGGGCACUGAAGGGCAACGAGGACAAGCUGCGGGUGGUGCUCAACAAAGCCGACAUGGUGGGCACCCAGCAGCUGAUGAGAGUGUACGGGGCGCUGAUGUGGUCCCUGGGGAAGGUGUUCGGCACGCCCGAGGUUCUGCGCGUCUACAUCGGCUCCUUCUGGUCAGAGCCGCUCCUGGUCCCCGAUAACCGCAGGCUGUUUGAGCUGGAGGAGGAGGAUCUGUUCGCCGACAUCCAGAACCUCCCUCGCAACGCAGCCUUACGCAAGCUCAACGACCUGGUGAAGAGGGCGCGUCUGGUCAGGGUUCACGCCCACAUCAUCAGCUACCUGAAGCAGGAGAUGCCGUCUGUCUUCAGGAAGGACAACAAGAAGAAGAACCUCAUCUAUCAGCUGCCCGUUAUCUUCACCAAGAUUCAGCUGCAGCACAACAUUUCGGCUGGGGACUUCCCAGAUUGUGCCAAGAUGCAGGAACAGCUGAUGGCUCACGACUUCAGCAAGUUCAAGACCCUGAAGCCCAACCUGAUGGCGGCCCUGGACGAUUUGCUCUCCUCCGACAUCGCCAAGCUGAUGCCGCUGCUGCGCCAGGAGGAGCUGGAGGCAGGCGACCAGCCCGGCGUGCAGGGCGGCGCCUUCCUGGGGGGCCGGGUCGGGCCCUUCACAGAGGGCGACCCGUUCGCCGAGGAGAACGGAGAGGGGUGCGAGGAGGAGGAGGACUGGGUGGUGACCAAAGACAAGCCCAAGUAUGAUGAGAUCUUCUACAACCUCGCCCCCAACGAGGGCAAGCUGAGCGGCACCAAGGCCAAGGACUGGAUGGUGAGCACGCGCCUGCCCAACUCGGUGCUGGGUCGCAUCUGGAAGCUGUCGGAUGUGGACCGCGACGGCAUGCUGGAUGAUGAGGAGUUUGCCCUGGCCAGCCAUCUGAUCGAGGUGAAGCUGGAUGGCCACGGUCUUCCUCCCGAGCUGCCCAGCCGUCUCAUCCCGCCCUCCAAGCGCCGGCAGAAGGGCUCUGACGCUUAAACGCCUCCCAGCAGCUCAGAGGAUUCCUCUCUCAAGUGUCUCUCUCACACUCUUGCUACUGUUUCUGUUUGCUCUCAUUUCCUGAACCCACAUGAGAAUGUUACAGCGCCAAUGCUGUGCAAAAGUUUCAACCCGCCUCUUUAUUUCUUGAGAUUUGCCUUCUAAGGAGUCAGACUUUCUCUUUCUCUUUUAAAAUGUUUUUUUUUUUAUCAAUAGUUCUUUUUGAAGCACAUGAGCUACUUUUGCUACACAAUUACCAAAUAGUUCACACCUGACCAUAAAGGCAUGUUGCGUCAUUUCAGUUUGGGCAAGAAAAACAAAACGACUGCACGACUGGAAAGAAAAAGAAGACCUGAAAAGACAAUUUAAAGCGAAAAAACAAAAUCUAAAAGUCUUUGAGAAAUAAGAAAUUGUUUUUUUUUAAACUUAUAUUUGAAUUUUGGGAUAAUUUGGGUUGUUUUGGUAGUUCCAUGCACACAAUUGUGCUCAACGUGAAAAUGGUCAGGUACUGAAGUCCAAAAUAGUUUUGAAAAGCCUUUCAGAAACGCUGGAGAUCUCCUAAUCAGACCAUUUUUUAAAGAUACUUAGCAGAAUUUAAAGAAAUGAGUGACAACUAAAAACUUUUGCACAGAUCUGUAUCAUUUCUUUGAGACUGACUGUACACUUGCACAGCUGAACAUCCUUUAUUUAAGCAUAACGUGACCGUGACUUUCUGCAAGUAACCAAGUUUGGGUGCUUCCUCUGUUUGGAUCUUGAAAAAGUGUCUUUUUUAUGAUGAAGAGCUUUUGAAAACGUAUCUACUCGUGUUUGCAGAAGAUAAACGCUCUUCUCAGAAAAUACAUUUGUUAAUGUAGUCUUUACUUGUAACAUUCACCAUCUGUAGUUGGAUUCUGGGUGGUAAUUUCAUCCCAAAGUUAUUUUUGCUUUGCGCCUUUUUCCUUCCACAUUUCGUCUUUCCAAACGAAGACCAGCUUAGCUCACAUGAUUUGUUUUAUAGCAUUUUCUAUAAAAAGAAAGAAAGCAGCUCAACUCUAAUACCGUCAAUGCAUUUCACUGUGACGCUUCACGUGGUUUUGUGCAGAUUUUAUACGUAAUUCUUUUAUUAUUUUUAACCGUUGCUUUUGAUGUUAAUGUGCAGGAGCGAGUCGCAUAAAAGAACAUUAUAUGCUGAGAUAAACUCUUUUAUUUCAAAGACUGAAUGACUGAUAAGUAACUGACUACUGUAUACUGCUCCACAAAUUGUUUGUAUGUUAUCUAUUAUUGCAAACAAAUAAAAGUCCUUGACUGUGA